AUGAGGUCCUCGGGAUUAAAGACCGGCCUUGCGACUCUCCUGCUGGCAACGACGUCCGUCGCAGCAAAAUGCAACGAUCACUGGGUCGCCAUCUGGGGUACGAUGCCCCAGCUGGUUGAACCGGCGAACCUGCCCAACCCGCCCUUUAACGGCACGGAUGUCGUCUUUCAAAACGCGACACUCAGACAGACCGUAUCCGUGAUGCAGAAAGCCUCAACCAUCAGGUUGCAGUUCAGCAAUGUCUUUGGCGGCUCGGACCUGCCCAUCACAGCUGUGACCGUCGCCCUCCCAGCCGACGGCGCUGCAGGGGCGAGCGCCAUCGAGCCCGAGACUCUCCAGAAGGUCACCUUCUCAGGCAGCCCUUCCUUCACGGUCCCCAACGGUGCCGUCGUCUUCUCGGACCCCGUGAACAUCACCCUCGCCGCCCAGCAGGUCCUCACCGUGACCAUGUACCUCGCCGACGGACAGACCACCAACCUCAUCACGGGCCACCCUGGCAGCCGCACGACCAGCCACAUGGGGCCCGGCAACCUCGCCGGCGCGGCCGACAUCGCCGGUGGUGGCGAUACCCAGAAGACGGACCACUGGUACUUCCUGACGGGCAUCGAGGCGUGGCUGCCGUCGCGGUUCGGCUCCCUCGUCAUCGUGGGCGACAGCAUCACCGACGGGCGCGGCAGCACGACCAACGGCAACGACCGCUGGCCCGACCAGCUCGCGGCCCGCCUGCAGUCGGACAACACCGUCGCCGUCGCCGUCGUCAACGAGGCCGCCGGCGGCAACCGGGUGCUCGCCGACGGGCUCGGCCCCAACGCGCUGGGGCGCAUCGACCGCGACGUCGUCGCGCAGGCCGGGGUCCGGUACGCGCUCGUCUACGAGGGCGUCAACGAUCUCGGCGGCACCACGGCCGCGGCGACCGGCGGCGAGGCGCAGCUGCGGGCCGUGGGCGACCGGCUCAUCGCCGCGUUCGACCAGAUGGUCACGCGCCUGCACCGGUUCGGCAUCGCCGUCUUCGGCGCGACCAUCACGCCGUGCAGCGGGCCGGGCCAGGCGUACGGCGAGCCGGCCGUCGAGGCCGAGCGCCUGCGCGUCAACGAGUGGAUCAGGAGCAGUGGUCGGUUCGAUGCUGUUGUCGACUUCGAUGCCGCCGUCAGGGACCCUGCCAAUGCGACGCAGCUCAACCCCGAUUAUAAUUCUGGCGACUACCUGCACCUGAACCCGGCCGGGUACAAGGCCAUGGCCGAGGCUGUCGACUUGGCCCUGUUUGCGAAGUUUGCUGGCGGCGUGCACACCUUCAUGUAGGCUAAGGAGAGGAGGGGAGAAGAGGGAGAGCAGACAGACAUAGAACCUAGGGGGUUCAGAGAGGGAGGAGCUAGUCCUUGAGGAGAUCAGGCAGGAGGAGGAGCGCCUAAUGAAUGUCUGUUGUAAGUAGGAGUAGUAAGCACGGGGGCCACGGGAAGGAAAGGAUGAGCUGGAUAUGCGAGUGAGGCAGUACAGCCAUCUCGUUGGCUAAGCCUCGACAAAUCACCAGUUGCCGUGAUUGAAACAAUGCGAGAGACCGGGACGGGCGGAGUGCACGCCAGCUAAUCAGUAAUGGAGGAAAGACUCAACUGCCAAAU